CUGCCUCUGGUGUUUCAGUCUUGAAUCUAUCUGCCAGAGAGACGACUAUGAAGAGGUUAACACAUUUCAUCACGAUGUCUCUUCCCUCCUGACCGUGUAAUCGAACUUUAGUGGUGCAUCCAAAGAGGGGUUCAAAUGACUUUUUGAGCAUUUAGUGGGUGUGCUGAAUCCUGCAGAUUACGAACUCUGCAGGACAUCCAAUGAAAACAACAACACCUUAAUUGAAUUGGGGAUUGGCGCCUCUCACUUUUUAAUUUAACGUUGUUGUUUUUUUGAAGGACACUCUCAUCAUGACGAUUCCAUUAUCUCGGACUCAACUAGCCCUGUUUUUCAUCCUCCUGUGUCCGGUCAAUAUCAUUGGGUUAUGGUGGGCAGUGGGGAGCCCUCUGGUCAUGGACCCCAAUAGUAUCUGUCGGAAGACCAAGCGACUAGCGGGCAAGCAGGCUGAGCUGUGCCAGAACCAGCCAGAGAUCGUCCACGAGGUCGCCAAGGGUGCCAAGCUGGGUGUGCGGGAGUGCCAGUACCAGUUUCGUUUUCGCCGCUGGAACUGCACCAGUCAGAACAAGUACUUUGGCAAAAUACUCCAACAAGACAUCCGGGAGACAGCGUUUGUGUACGCCAUCACAGCGGCUGGGGUGACCCACACGGUGACUCAGGCCUGCAGUAUGGGGGAGCUGCUGCAGUGUGGCUGUGAGGCGACCAGGAGCAGGGCUCCCCCCCGGCCUGCCUCCUCCUCCACCACCACCUCUGGCGAGGGAGUCAAGUGGGAGUGGGGCGGCUGCGGAGACGACGUGGAGUUUGGCUACGAGAAGUCCAAGCAGUUCAUGGAUGCCAAGAGGAAAAAGGGCAAGAGUGACAUCAGGACGUUGAUCGAUCUCCACAACAACGAAGCAGGACGACUGGCGGUGAGGAAUUAUAUGAGGACUGAAUGUAAAUGUCAUGGCCUGUCCGGGUCUUGCACACUCCGGACCUGCUGGAAAAAGAUGCCUCACUUUCGCGAGGUGGGUGAUCGCCUCCUAGAGCGGUUCAAUGGCGCUUCCAAGGUGAUGGGAGGCAAUGAUGGCAAGACCCUGGUUCCCGUAGGCCAGAACAUCAAGCCUCCGAACAAACAGGACCUGAUCUACUCGGCCGAGUCGCCCGACUUCUGCUCGCCCAAUAGGAAGACGGGCUCGCUGGGCACGCGGGGCCGCAUGUGCAACAGCACAGCCAUGGACGUGAGCGGCUGUGACCUGCUGUGCUGUGAGCGUGGCUACCGAGACGAGACGGUGGUGUUCGAGGAGAACUGCCUCUGCCGCUUCCACUGGUGCUGCGUGGUGCAGUGUAAGAAGUGCUCGGUGAGGAAAGAGCUCAGUCUCUGUCACUAGCAUUACCAUAGUGAAGCUGGGUUGGCUUCAGGCCUGGCCUCUUCUGCCUCACACGAAAGAUGCACUGAGAUCAUGCUCCCACAGUUCAAUUCAGGAGCACGCUGAGAGAUUAGUAUCUUAUCUAGGAUCAUCUUGGACAGACAGCUGCGGUAACUCUUCUCUCAAGCUGUAGAACAGUCCAGAAUGGCCGCUACUCCAGUGCUCACCACAUAGAGCUCUAUGACCCAGAAACGGAGGCUCUUUUAGGCUCUUUUUCUAGAAACCCACUGGAGGAACUUACCCAACAACUGUUCCAGCUCUCCAGAGUGGAAUAUUGAAGGUCACAUCUAAGGUUAAAAGUUCAAAUUCAGCUCCGAGAACGCUCUAGAACAGAACGGUUCGGUCCCAUCUCAUAGAAGACCAUCAGACAGCUUGGUACCAUUCUCAGUCGUCGGUACGGAGGUCGUUGCCUCUAAAGCAGUGGUUCCCAAACGUGUUUGCGCAGUGACCCACCUCAAGCCUUUCGCCAUUGAAAAUGGACACGCACAACGUGGAAUACAGGUAUCAAGCACAAAACGUAUGAAAAAGGGAAAUCUGGGGAUUAGUUUGUUUGGAGGACGAACCCCAUCACGUUUCAUGGUGAGGAGCUGAACUGACACCCGAGACUAUUAUUUAUGGACAUUUUAUGACAAGACUACUCAUAGUGAUAAGGUGAGGAACGUGCCUAACGUCUCUCUCUGAAAAGCACUUUGGACAUGGGAGCUAUCUCUGUGAACCAUAUGUUACAUUGGUUGUUGUUUGAGUAGUUUGCAAAUGGAGAAACGUGUUACAACUUUCUUUGUUUUUUCGUUCGAGGUGCAGUAUCGAGAAAGUAUAAUAUUAUGUUUAUCUGUUUAAUAUACAGGGCUUUUGUAAUGCACUUUCAAUUAAAGCAUUUGCUGCGUGUAGAUUUGUUACAUAUAAGUCAUGUUGUGCAGAAUGGCCAUUCCACAAUCACAUACAAUGCUGACAAUGAAUCCAUCCAUUUGUCUCUUUGAUAAGUCAACUCGCUGAAGUGAGUUGGACGUCAGGAAGACCAUUUCUUUUGACUCUCUGCCUACGUUCUUCGGAAUAGGCAGAUCAGAUCUCUGCUUAUUUUUUAAAUUUUUUUUUUUGGGGGGGGGGGGACAAAACCUAUCUUCACCGUCAUUAAUGAUUACAAUUACUUACGAAGCGUGUUGUACCCAAACGCGCUGUACAUUUUCACUUUUUACGUGUAUAGGUCGAAGGUAUUCAAGUGUACUGUGUCUUACCCUUCCUUUAGAGUAUGAUUUUGUUGCUACUUACCUUUCAGGGAUCUGUAAGAUCUUUUGUUGGGCAAAAGAGAGAGAGAGAGAGAGUACAAUGAGGGAUGACAUCGCUACAAUUUAUUGCCAAUAUGCCAUGGUUUAUGACCAGAUUAUUCCUUGCCAGAGGGUUCAUCGUUAAUAUUGUUACCAUGACAGUGGAUACACACUGCACAGGAUUACUCUGUCCUCGGAGCUACUAGUCCUGUCUGUGGAGUCAGCACCAUUCAAUUUUUAAUUUACCUAAAUGUAGUUUUUGUACAAAAGCAUAUCACGUUAAGGGAUAAAAACUUGGUAUAGUGGAACUAUUCUGACUGAGCUCUGCAACAAUAUUAGGCAUUCUUCACAUGGUAGAGUGGUCAACUAUUCUGACUGAGCUCUGCAACAAUAUCAGGCAUUCUUUACAUAAGCAGUAGAAUUGGCCACUUUACCAUGUUACGUUUGGGUUGCAGUCUACCAAAUCAGGAAAUCAGACCAAAUGUGGCUAUUCCUAUGUGAGACACACUCAGUGGCCAGUUUAUUAGGUACGCCUUGUUCACGAAAAUGGUUCGCUCCUACAGAGAGUGAGUCACGUGGCUAUGGCUUGCUAUAUCAAGCAGGCAGACGGGCAUUGAGGCAUUCAGUUACUGUUCGAUUGAACGUUAGAAUGGGCAAGACGAGUGACCUAAGCGACGUUGAGUGUGGCAUGAUCAUUGGUGCCAGGCACACCAGUUCCAGUACCUCGGAAAUUGCCGGCCUCCUGGGUUUUUCACGCACAACAGUGUCUAGCGUUUACUGAGAAUGGUGUGACAAACAAAAAAAACAUCCAGUCAGUGUCAGCCCUGUUGGGGAAAAUAGCUUGUUGAUGAGAAAGGUCGAAGGAGAAUGACAAGAAUCGUGCAAGCUAACAGGGGGGGCCACAAACAGACAAAUACCGGUGCAGUAGAACAGUGGUGUGCAGAACAGCAUCACGCAGCGUACAACUUGUCACGGAUAGGCUAUUGCAGUAGAUUCCACUCCUAUCAGUCAAAAACUACAAGAAGCGGCUCCAGUGUGCAUGCGAUCACCAACACUGGACAACUGAGGGUGGAAAAACAUUGCCUGUUCCGACGAAUCCCGUUUCCUGUUGAGUCGUCAGGAUUUGCCAUAAGCAUUAUGAGUCCAUGGUCCAUCCUGCCUGGUGUUAACGGUAUAUGCUGGUGGCGGUGGUGUGAUCGUGUGAUGGUGUGUGAAAUGUUUUCCUAGCGACGUUUGAACACCACACCUUGUAGAAUCCACGCUGUUCUGGAGGCAAAGGGGGAGGGGGGGGGGUCUGACCCAGUACUAGAUGGGUGUACCUAAAAAACUGGCCAUUAUAUUUCCCCCAUAGAACAACUUUAGGACUUGUUGGGCUGCCAGGAGUUUUCCGAUGUUACUGCAUGUAUGUUUAAACAGCCCUUGUCAAAAUGGAAGACAGCUGCUUUGACGGUUUGAUUCAAGGCAAGACCCAAUUUCCAAGUUUUGAAAACAUCAUUUUGUCAGGGCAUGUUGAAUGAUCUAAAGAGAAGUCGUCAGCAUUUGUUUGGGUUCAGAGACAGGAUUUUGACUUCCAUAAUUGCUUGUUCAUUGAUUAAACUUUUGUAUUCUACAAAGUUAGUUUCAUAUCCAUUUUGUUAUUUUCCAGUUACAGUAUGUGUAGAAAUUGGAAUGAAUUGACAAGUGAGCUUCUGCAUUUACUAUACAAAUAAAAAGUCAACUGU